UCUCAAUACAAAGACGUGUCUUUCCGACUUUUUAUCGAAUUUUCAGCAAACAUGAGACAAAUAAAGUUUUAAAAAGCUCUUCGGACGACGUGAAAAGAGCUGUUAACGGUGCUAAAAACAAAAUUAUCAAAAUUCAUUGAGAAAACUCAGAUUUUUUCUGGACUGUGUGGGUGCUUAAUUAACUUCCUCAAGUAAAUUUAUGCAAAAAAGUGCAUAGAACAGCAAAAAUACCGGAUUUGACAAAAUUUUGCACGAAAUUCCAGAAAAAAAAAUUUUUUAAUUUUUUAACAAUUUCUGACAUUUCCUCUAAAUUUCGUUCAAAAUGAUCCAAGGAUAUGGUCCCGUCACACAAGCACUACUCGGAACACUUCUCACGUGGGGCUUAACGGCACUCGGCGCCGGUCUCGUUGUCUUCAUUAACGGCAAUCAACGCAAAACACUCGAUACAGCGUUAGGAUUCGCUGCUGGCGUCAUGAUAGCUGCCUCAUUUUGGUCUCUCUUGGCGCCGGCAAUCGAACUAGCGGAAGAUUCCGGAACGUAUGGCAACAAAGGUGAAUUUGCCUUUAUUCCCAUUGCUGCCGGCUUUUUGCUAGGAGCGAUUUUCGUCUUUGGCUGCGACAAAUUAAUCAGUUUUUUGGGCAUCAACACGUCUUCGAUGAUGAUCCAGCUGACGACGCAAAGUAAGGACAAGGCAGAAAUCGCACUGGAUGACCAAAAUUUGGCGGAACAUGGAAAAACAAAUGGCGACGAAAAAAACGGAAGCGCAGAAGGACUUGCAGUAGAAAUGAACAGUUUUGCGGAUUGUUUGACGACGCAACACACAACGGUAGCGAAAAAACGAAGGAGAGGCAGCACGGAUCACUCAAAGGACGGAAAUACGUACACAGAUGCGACACAAACGCGUGCCGAACAUCAAAUUUCGCAAUGGAAGCGGAUAAUGUUGCUCGUUAUCGCGAUUACGGUGCAUAACAUUCCAGAAGGCUUAGCAGUCGGAGUCUCAUUCGGCGCCAUCGGAAAAACCCCCACAGCGACUUUUGAAGCUGCCAGAAACCUCGCCGUUGGCAUCGGGAUCCAAAAUUUCCCCGAAGGACUCGCUGUGAGUUUGCCUCUGCAUGCUGCGGGCUUCAGUCUUGGCAAGGCAUUCUGGUACGGACAGUUAUCGGGCAUGGUUGAGCCUAUUUUUGGGAUUUUAGGAGCAGUAGCUGUCACAAUAGCGACCGUGAUUCUCCCUUAUGCGCUCUCAUUUGCUGCUGGCGCGAUGAUUUACAUCGUUGCCGACGAUAUUUUGCCGGAAGCUCAUGCAGAAGGAAAUGGCCUGUUAGCGACUUGGGGAUGCAUUCUCGGAUUCGUCGUGAUGAUGUGCCUUGAUGUUGGACUUGGUUGAACGGAAGAGAAAUAUUUUUUUUGAGAAAACAUGUGAAUUCGAUUAUUUAAUGUUCCAAGAAGAAGAAAUUUAGCUUUAAGAGACUUUUAAAGAUACUUAAAAGUAUUUUUUUUAUCGUAAAUAUUAUUUUUUAGCCUGUAAGAAAACUCUCCUUGUUGAUGUUUCUUCGCAAAUUAUGACCAGUACUUAUCGUUUUUAAGUAUGAAAGCACAAACUUUGUCCUAAUCUAAAUAUUUUAUGUAAUUCAUGAGAUGAAAUAUAGCAAAAGAUGCCU